AUGGAGGGGCCAAAGGCCGCCCCUCAGUCUUACUGGGACCUGGGUCUGGAAAAAAUAUUCAGGGUUGUGCCAGCAUUGCCUGAAGAUGGAAGACCAGGCCCUAAUCCUGAUACCUUUCGUCCAGAGCUGGUAAUAUGUGCAGCUAUUGGAUUUUUUACUCUUCUCUUGUUUUUGUGGAGAAGUGUUCAGUCUGUUAGAAGCAGGCUUUAUGUGAAGAGAGAAAAAAAGCUUGCUCUAAAACUUUCUGAACUAAUUGAAGAAAAAUGUAAAUUACUCGAUAAAGUUAGCCUUCUUCAAAAAGAGCAUGAAGGCGUACAGUCGUCUUUCAAGGAUGCCAAUCCUGAGAAGGCAUCAAAAGAAGUGCAGUAUUUGGAGAUAAUACUUGAAAUGCUGAAUAGGUCCAAAUCUAAACUAGAGGAUAAAACACUCUCUCUAGAAACAAAGCUAAAAGAAGAGAAAUCUAAACGUUCUGAACAGGAUGAAUUGAUGGGAGAUAUAUCAAAAAGGAUAAAGUCCCUAGAAGACGAAUCAACAUCCAUCAUAACACAAGUAGCUGAAGCUAAAACAACCUUACAACUAGUUCAAAUGAAUGAAGAAGACCUUAAGGAAGCAAUAAAAGAGACUUUGAAUGAAAAUUACCAACUGCAGGAAAAUCAGAAACACCUUUCACGAGAAGCUGAAAUAUGGAAGGAAAAAGUGAGUGACCUUAAAAAACAGAAGACUCUAAAAAUACAGGCAGAACAAGUUCUAAAUGAUAAAGAAAAUCACAUUAAAUCUCUGACCGAACGCUUGCUGAAGAUCAAAGAUCAGUCUCCUGUGCCUGGAGAAGACCUAACAGGUGAUGGUAACUUGGAGCUGGAGAGGAAGAGUGAAUUAGAAAUUGGUGCUCACUUAGGUAAUCAGCCAAAAGAAGCCUUGAAGGAGCUGCUUUAUGCAGCUGAGUUAAAUGCCUCCUUAGACACCUUAGAAGGAGAAAGACAUCAAAUUUACACUUUAUUAUCGGAAGUAGAUAAAACAAAAGAAGAUCUGAGAGAACGUAUUAAAAAUCUGCAGAACGAACAAGAAUCUUUGCAGUCAGAAAACACACAAUUUGAAAACGAGAAUCAGAAACUUCAGGAGAAAUUUAAAUUAAAGAUGGAAGAACACCAAGAAAAUACAUUGAAAUUCCACAGGAAAUUAAUAGUAGAGAAAAAGUGCCGUUUGGAGGAAGAGGAGAGGUUUUCCGAAGUCGAGAGAAAGAUCAACCGUGCAGCUAAAGAGCUGGAGACCUAUAGAAAUCGAGCCAAAGAUCUUGAUGAAGAGUUGGAUACCAUCGUGCAUUAUUAUGAGAGGCGGAGUAUAUUCUAUGAGAAAAAAGCACGGGAUAAUGUGUUGGCAGCUUGGAGAGCUGAAAAAAACCUCAACUAUUUCAAGACAGUAAACGCUAACAAGAGACAAAAGUUAACUGACAUGGAGUUGCAAUUUAAACUUUUAGAAGAUCCAUAUGCACCUAAUGUCUUCAAUACAGCAUUUGCCAGAGGGCAGUCCCCAUAUGGUCCCUCACCAUUGAGUGGACCUUCAUCUGAAAUGAGAGCUUUUCCCUUCGUAAAGAAGGGCCCACCCAGAUUGUCACCUUUACAUCUAGGGGAAGGAGGAAGAGGCUCGGGAGGCCCAGAGGUUCCUCUGGACCAUCAGAUUAACAAUAAAAGAAGAGAAUCAAGCUCUGGUAUAGUAAGUGAUCCACACAGAGCACCUGCUGGCACUGGGCCCCUGUCAUCGCCAUGGGAACUGGAACAUAAGAUGAUGAUCCCUCCACAAGGCCGACCAUAUUCUGAUCCAACAUGGAUACAACGGCAACAUGGAUCUUAUUAUUAUGGAAGACGGCAACAUGGAUAUUAUUAUUAUGGAAGACCAUCGGAACCAGGAGAACCACCUCCAGUCCAAUUCAAAAAUGUCUGUUCACUGAGGCGUUUUCCUCAUCCUCCGCCAAGAGCUGGAUUUUUCCCCCCUACCCCCACAUCCUGAGAGGAGAAGCGAAUUCCCUUCAGGGCUGAUUCCACCUUAAGUGAGCCUCACAACAUGAAUCCUGACAAUAUAUUUGAUAUCUCUUCAAAAUAUGACAUCUCUUAUUUUUAGUUUAACUGCUUUUAGUUAUUGUAUUUUU